ACCACCCCACUAGCUAAUUCCUUCACCUGUCCCGCAUUAAAAAGGUAUAUAAGAGUGGUAUUAAGCUAUCACAGCGGAGCCAAUCCACACUCAUCAUACUACAGAAGCCAGUGACAGUAGACUGAGGCUGCCCCUGAGUCGGUCGCUCAAGCUGGUAUCAAGAUGCCUGCAACAACCAGAAUCAUUUCUGACACUCGGAAGUCAGAUAAAGGAAAAAAAGUUGAAGGUGGAAAAGCAUCAGAAAAGAUUCCAGCCUAUGACCCAGAUAUUGCUGAACCUAAAUGCAGAGCUGAUCUCAUCAAACACUGGAUCAACCUUUCCUUGGACGACAAGACAGCCAACAAGGCGUUGUGGAUUACAGAGGGCGGUACUAAGGUGGCCCGCAAGACUGAUGAUCUCACUUGUCCCGUCUUGGAUAGACCAGAAAGAUACGAGUAUGCUCCACAGGUUCUUUGCAAAGAAGGCAUCCUGGGCUUCCGAGGCUACUGGGAGGUGGAGUUUUCAGGAUGGGUCGUGGUUGGGGUUGCGUACGAGCGAGCCGCGAGGAGGAACAUCGAUGGACCCUGCGGCCUGGGGGAAAACGAGGAGUCAUGGGGAAUCGGCUGGAGCGGCUCCAGCUACAAUGCCUGGCAUAACGGCCAGAAUACAGAGAUAGUGGGCAUUCCUAAAUGCUCUACAAUGGGUGUGUACCUUGAUCAGCCUGCUGGAAUCCUUAAUUUCUACGCUGUAGAGGAGGUGGAAGAGGGCGAGGAGGGUAAGGAGGUUAAACCUUUGCAGCAGCUUCGGAGCUCUUUUAAUGGCAAAGUGAUGCCAGGUUUCUGGGUGGGGACACAGUCUCACUGUCUAAUCAUACAGAAAGAGGAAUAAAGAAAAAAAAAUGAUUGUAAAUCAACUCUAAAAGUUGGUGAUCAGAAGCCAAUAUCAAAAACUAAACUAUUUUCAUCAUGUGUAACAAAGGCCUUGGGUACUGAAGUUACAGCUUCAAGACACGAUCAUGAUAGCGUUUGUUUUCCAUUUUACUACAAUAUUAUUACUAACACCAUCUAAACAUUAGCUAUACUUUAUUCACUACAUAGUGUCUCUGAGGUAGAUAGAAGAUAAAUGAGGUGGUUUGUUUCAGAAAGGGAACACAUUGCAGAAUUCUGGACUUUCCUAAAACUACAGGACCACACAAGGAUUAUACUAAUUUACAGAAUUUAUAUAUAUUUGUAUUCCUCCAUUAUUAUUGUUUGCUAAAGAAUUUAUAAGGUUUCCUGGUUUAGUAUUAAUGUAUAUGGAAUGUUAAAUAUGCAAAAGUUUAAAUAAAUAAUAAAUUAA